CACUGCCGCUAUAAAUCGGAUUUUUCUCCCUCAGAAAGUUGAUUGCUGCCUCCGUCACGCACGCGAGGCUUAAGGAGUUGUUUGUCUUCAACAAGUGGCGGUAUUCAAGACAAUCAUGGCUGAUCUAGCUAAAAAAUCCAAGAUCUCCUCCUCUCGAAGGCUGGGGUUGAAGAUUCGACUUUUGACCGUCGCUGGUCAGAUGCUGCAGGAGGAGACGGAGCAGAAAGCAAAGGAAAGAGAAACUUUUCUGAAAGAACGAGUUCCUCCUUUAAAUCUGUCUGGUCUGUCUUUGCAAGAGCUUCAGGAUCUCUGUAAAGAUUUGCAUCACAAGAUUGAGGUUGUAGAUGAGGAGUGGUAUGAUGUUGGACUCAAAGUGGCCAAAAAUGAAAAAGAGAUAGGAGAAAUGAAGCUGAAGGUCAUUGAGAUGCAGAGCAAGUUCAAGAAGCCGACGCUGAAGAGAGUGAAGAUCUCAGCUGAGGCCAUGCUGAGCAUUCUGCUGGGCUCCAAACACAAGGAGUCCAUCGACUUUAAGGCCAACCUCAAAACGGUCAAGAAGGAAGAGGAAAAGAAAGAGGAAGUCACCGAUUGGCGUAAGAACGUGGAGGCCAUGUCUGGCAUGGAGGGCAGGAAGAAGCUGUUUGACGCCUCCGGAAACUAAAGAAACAUGUACCUUUGAUUAAGAGAUUAUCUUCUUAAAAUAAAGUCCCAUGACUUACUGUUGUAUACCAAUAUUUGACCAAGUACUACAUUGCAGGUAGGACAAACACCAGGAUAACCAGGAUGGUUUCUGUGUUUACCCGCUUUGUCUUAGUGGUGCAGUGUAGGUCUCCUCUGCUGCCUUUGAGUGGCAGCAAAACACCAUCAAACCAUCACUCUGACACUUGUGCUGUGGAUCUACAGUAUAAUAAGCUGCCUGCCGAGAAACAUUGUUUGUCCCUCGGGAAUGAACAAAUCCUAUAUGUUACCUACAAUUAACAAUAACAAAUAUUCAAGAUCUAUUUCCUAUUAAAUACAUGAUGGUAGAAACUAAACAGCAAGAGUUGUUUAUUGCUGUCAAAAGUGUGUAAUCUUCAUAUUUGUAUUUUGUACUUUAUACAAGCAUGAAACCAGCAAUUUCGUCCCAAUAAAACUGCUUUCUUCCACUGUG